UGUGGUGUGGUUGCAGAUUUCCAGCCCAGUUUCCAGCUUGCUGCAGAAGCGGCACUUUACGAACGACACGCCGGUGAAACUACAGUCCGGUUCACUCACAUCCCAUCAUAGUUUGGACUUUCAGAACCAAAUCAACUACAGCGGAAAAGUGCCUCCAUCAGCUUUAAAUAAUUGGUUUUGUCUGAGCCAUGGCUGUGAACGUGUUCUCGACAUCAGUGACGAGUGAAAACCUCAGCCGCCAUGACAUGCUCACAUGGAUAAACGAGUCUUUACAGAUGAACCAUGCCAAGAUCGAGCAACUGUGCUCAGGUGCUGCCUACUGUCAAUUCAUGGACAUGCUGUUCCCAUCUUGUAUUCCACUAAAGAAAGUGAAAUUCCAGGCCAAACUUGAGCAUGAAUUCAUCCACAACUUUAAACUUAUUCAAGCCAGUUUCAAAAAGAUGGGUGUUAGCAAAAUUAUUCCUGUUGACAAGCUUAUAAAGGGCAAGUUCCAGGACAACUUUGAGUUUGUGCAGUGGUUUAAGAAGUUCUUUGACGCAAACUAUGAUGGGAAGGAAUAUGAUCCGGUGGCCGCUCGACAGGGGCAAGAAAUGGCUGGCAAUCCGAGUCCAGCAGCAGCCACCGCUAACAAGCCAAGGAAGCCAAGCUCAGACACAAGCAUCACACCUGCAGUCAAGCCAAUGGCCCCUGUUGCUCCACAGCGUUCAGCCACAGCACCUAAAUCUGCACCAAAGACGGCUCCAGCAGCAAUGCGAGGAGGCGGUGGUGAUGAAGAGAAAGGAGCACUUACUCAGAUGAUUAAUGACCUGAAGGCCACCAUUGCUGACAUGGAAAAGGAAAGGGAUUUCUACUUUGGCAAACUGAGAACCAUUGAGCUCCUCUGCCAAGAAAAAGAGGGUGAGGGUGAUCCUACACUGCAAAAGAUUGUGGAUAUUCUCUAUGCCACAGACGACGGUUUUGUGAUUCCAGAGGAUGAGGCAGCAGAACCAGAAGAGUUUUAACCAAUCAGGGUUUUUUAAAGAAGAAAUGACCCUGUUGGACUCUCAAAUGCACAUACCGGCUGAUUUCUGCUGCACUUGCCUUUGGUCCAUCAUUUUGGGCUUUGACUUUUGAAUGUCUUUUUAUUCAGGGACGUUGUAUACCUUGAAUUUUCAGAUUUUUUUAUUGACCAUCAAAACAAAAUUAUUUUUGUGAAUGAAAAAUAAAUACUUAUCAAAGGCUGUUUGUAUAAAGCAGUCCACUGAGUUCUGACUUGCCAAUAACGAGUAAACAAAACCAGGUAUUGUAUUCUAUUGGUAUACUCCAGAACUUUUGCUGUUAUCUAGCUUCUGAUCUGUACAUUUGGCUGCUUGUUGACCAGUUGUGAGUGAAGUUCACUUCCUCUAAUAAGCGCUGAAGCAGGAUGUGUGUCAACCUUUUGCAUUUCCCUUUACAAGAACAUGAGGAACGACUUAACAGUCAUGAGAAGCUUUGGGUUUGAGUCCGGUGACAUAGCCCUCACUUAAUCUUAACUGGCCAAAGCUGUUAAGCUGCAAGUACCACUAUUAUGCUAAAUGUGACAAAGACAGUUUCUCAAAGCACGAUUUAUUUUGCAUCAUGUGUGCUGUGCUGUACAUGUGCCAUGUAUUAAAGUCAUAUACUGCAAA